CAGGCCCAGCAAGUGGAUCGAUCAACAUAAGAGAGGCUCAAAAGUCAUUAGAAGAAAUUAAAUCCGAUAAAAAUUUAGGAUAUAAAGAGAGAACUAUUUCACUGUUAAGACUAGCUGUUGCUUACAUACACAAUAAAGGCAAAGAACUUAUUUAUCCUUCAUGGAGUACUUGCAAAAAGAAAGUAUUUGUAAGUGACAAUAAUUGGAGUUGUGAUAAAUGUUCAAAAUCAUUUGAACUCCAACCUACAGAUAGUGUAUGGGCGAAUUGUUUCGAUGAAACAGCUAUAUUAAUUCUGGGCAUGCCUGCUGAUGAUUUCCAUAAACUUAGAGAUGUUUGUUGA